UCUCAUAAUUCUAUUGAACAAAGAAAUCUCAGUACUACGUGCUGAGUGUCAUCUACUUGGCUGCUGUAUUUAUUAAUCGAUGAAACUUUUCGUUUUUUUCCACUUUUUUUAGAUGAUGUUGCAUGCAUGCAGCAUGGAUCAACUUCUCGUUUAUGAUAGUCCUCGUCAUUGUCGUUGAAGAAUAUAUUCAUGGAAGCUCAUGGUCGUCGUGAAGUGAGAAGAGUUCACAUUAUUUAUUUUAUCAGCCGGAGAGGUCGGAUCGAUCAUCCUCAUCUUCUUCGUGUUCAUCAGUUCUGCGGGAAUGGAGUUCGACUAAGAGAUAUAAAGAGAUGGCUAUCUGUGGUUCGAGGAGAGGACAUGCCCGAAUCGUAUUCUUGGUCAUACAAGAGGAGAUAUAAAACAGGUUAUGUAUGGCAAGAUUCGCUUGACGAGGAUCUCAUUACUCCUAUCUCUGACAAUGAAUAUGUCAUCAAAGGAUCCGAAUUUUGUUCCGCCGCCUCGGACUACGACGAUAGUUCAGUUGCGGUUAAUGACCUCGAUGGAUCAUCUAAUAUUGAAGCUAACAAGAGCGAUUAUCAAAAUUCUGAAGCUACUCCACGGGAUGACGGUGUAAAGCAGUUAGAAGACAUUCAUGAAGCUCCGGACACAACACCAGACAAUGAUUCAACGCAGAUUGAAGAAACGAAACACUUGAUAUCAGAAAAUGAAGAAGAUGACGCGAAGAAGAAACGUUUUCGUCUGAAUUUCUUGAAGAAAAAUAAGAAUGGAAAAUCAAAAAAGUUUACCUCGAAGAAACCUGAUGAAAUGCCAGAUUCAUCAGCAUCAAAACCGAUAUGCCCUUCCGAGAAGAUUCAUGCGAAGAACGCAAGGAAUUUGUUCCGGAAAAUGAUCACUUGUGGCGUUGUGGACAGUAAGGAUUCUGCAAUCAAAGCCGUGCGGGAAGCCUCUCGGUGAAAUCUGCUUACUAAACAAACAAUAAGCGUACUGAACCAUCAUGCAGCCAAGUCUACAGACAAAGGCCAUUAUUAUCUAUAGUGGUAUCAUGUUUCAAAUAAUUCAGGGGAACGUUUGGAUUGUGAGUGAGAGUGAGAAUCGAAAAUGGGAAUGAAGGAUAUGGGAAUGAGUAUCCCCUAUGAUCUGUGAAGAGAAUGAUUUACCA